ACCUGUUGAGGGUAAAUACGCAUUUCAAAGUAAACUUUGGGAUUUAGCUAUAGAGGAAAACAUUUUUCUGAAAAAGAUAUAUAGACAAAGUGAUGAGUAUUUUAUCAGAGGUCUUGAUAGGAUGAGAUUCGGAAAGAUGGACAAGGAUUUCCUUUCAUUUAUAAAAAAAUUAGAUAGGGAGUUGAAUGAUAUACCAGGAGAGAUGCUGAAAUAUGUUUCUGGCUGUUAUUUGAGAAGGAUGUUUUUUGAGAUAAACAUGAAAAAACGUAAGAGAACAAGGUUGAAACCAUUCUGGACUGAUGAUACAUCUGAGAUAUCAAAGAAAUUAUGGUCUCAUAACGAUGUUAUCGUGAGAAAGACCAAAGAUAGUUGGUUCAACGUUUGUGAGAUGGUCUCGUUGAAAGAAGAGAAUCCACCUAAUAUCAUGUUUACGAAACAAGAGAAAAAAGAAAUCAAAAAGACAAACGUUAUUUUGAACAACAAAAAAGAAGUUGAAGAAUUGAAAACCAGAAAGAUACGUCUUUACCCAACUAUUGAUGAGAAAAAGACACUCAAAGAAUGGAUGCGAGUAUCUGCAUGGACAUAUGAUAAAGCAUUAGAUCUUAUCAAGGAUGAUCCAAAUAUCACAUUGAAACAAUUACGGAGAUCAUGUGUGAAUAAGGAUGUUGUAGACAAAAAUAUAUCUAAAGUUCCAUAUGAUAUAAGAAGUGAUUCAAUCAUUGCUUUGUUAAGAAAUAUCAAGGUCAAUAAAGACAAGUGUGAUAGAUUUGUAAUGAAGAAACGUAAAGAAACAAGAAUCAUGAGUUUUGUAGUGCAGAAAAAAAGUUGGGAUUUAAUGAAAGGUGUAUAUUCAUUCUUGAAAAAUAUCAAGACCAAAGAAAAGAAACCAGACAUCAAUCAUGCUGUAACCGUAAAGAUGGACAGAAUGUCAAGAUAUUGGUUGUGUGUUCCUGUAUUAUUAGAGAACAGAGAAAGGAUAGUACACAACACACUCUCUAUCGAUCCUGGUGUACGGACAUUCGUAACAGGAUACAGUCCAAAUGGAAAUGUCAUAGAGAUCGGGAAUAAUGACAUCCAAAAUAUAAGAAAGAUCCAAGACAGAUGUUUCAAGUAUCAGUCAAUCAUCGAUACGUCAUUAGAUUAUCCUAUCCAGGACAUGACAGAAAAGAAGACUAAAAAGAGAAGGAUCAGUAAGGAGACGACAAAGCGUAUGAUUAGAUGGUCACCACGUAAAUUCCUAUAUUUCUUGAGACAUAAAUCUCGAGAGUACACAACAGACAUUAUUGAGUGUACCGAAGAGUAUACUAGCAAGACAUGUAGUGUAUGCGGAUGUAUCAAUGAUAAAUUAGGGUCAUCAAAAAAACCGGGUUCCUACACCCUUAAGAUUGCUGAUUUGUUGGUAAUGUUUUUACUAACAAUGUUGCGUUUCAAUGUAGGAGUUGAUUGGUCAGUAAUGAAAGACAAUAUUGAUGACGAAAACAAAAAAAAGAUAAAGGAUAAAGGUGGAUUAUCUCAUCCAAAAUUAGUUAAUUGGCUAGACAAAAGUACGUUAGCUGAAGAAAUUUUGUAUUUGAAGAUCGGCGCAGAAGUAUUUUACAUUUGGAAUUCAGAUGAUAGGAGGUUGGUUAACGGAACUCAAGGUAAGGUUGUAGCGUUUAGAAAUACAAAGAGUGACAUGGUAUACGAAAAAGAUCUUCCAAAAGGUAUUUCAUUGAAUGAGGUAGUACCGUUAGUCAAAUUUGACGGGAUCGAAGAAGUGAUAGAGGUUGGAAAGGAAAGAUUUAUGAAAAAAAAUAAUGAGGGUAUUUUGAUGGUGACACGUACUCAAUUACCGUUAAAAUUGAAAUACGCAAUGUCUAUACAUAAAUCACAAGGUUUAACAAUUGAAAG